CAGCGCUUCCCUUCGCAUGUAGCCUUUUCUACACAGCAACGUCGAACCUUUGUGGUGCAACUGCAACGCCAAUCCCAGACCGUUAAGGAAAAUACCUCUUCGACUACUCGUCCUCCACCAUCUGCCUCUAGCCUGCAACUCACAAACCUCCCCUACUUCAUCCGUCGAACAGCCUCCAACCAACUUCCUGUAUAUCUCGUUACCAAGGCUGGUGGAACCAAGCAGCAAACCAAGAUUCAGAAAACGGAAGGUGACCUGGAUGCUUUGAGGAACGACCUUGCACAGUACCUUGGCCUUGAAUCUAGUGAUUCUCAUGCACCCAAGUCUCCUGAUGUCACUAUCAACCGACUUACGGGGCAUAUCAUAGUCAAGGGCUGGCGAAAACCCGAAAUCCAAAAGUUUCUUUUAGAGCGCAAUUUUUAA